AUGCACCACGGAGAACAAACAGCUGAUACUGAUGCUCUGAACUGGACAGGGACGGACUGGGGCCCUCGGACCACAGCACCUCCCGCGCAUGAAUUGCGGAGACCGAGUCACAACUGUCCCCUGACGACCCUCCCCGUGGUCACCGUACGAUCCGGGGAGACGCGGCCGCGCGCAGGGACCGGACAGGACGCCGGGGUCCUGGCUGCCAGCCCAGCCCCUCCGCCCGUCCUGGCACCCCCGGCCCCGCACACUCACCGCUUCCCGGCUUCUGGGUCCGCGGGCGUCGUCCCUACGGCGCCCGCAGCAGUUUCUCGCUUGGCGGUUUCUCGCAUUCACGUGGGCACAACAUUUGGGGGCUGUCCGGGAUCUAAGAAACCUCCAGGACCCCAUCCAGAGGGUUUCACGCGUGGACAUGAUGGAGAAUCCUCCUCCUUGGCUAAAACCAUUUUUACCCCCCAGAGCAGGACCCACGGAGAUUCUAGCCAAAAAGGAGACCGACUCUAUGCCCGAAGCACCCCUUCGUCCAGUCUUCCAGGAUUCCUCCCCAGAGGACCUGAUUCUCCCGCCGCCCUACUGGGCAUCCCUCCCCGCUUCCGCCCCUCCAUUGGAGGCAUCGGGGGUGCAGAAGGGGCGCCACCCUUCCCUGAUGAGGGAGUCCCUGUGCACGGGCCAGCAGCGGGGACACUCGGUCGGACCCACCGGAUGGCCCCACCUCCGACUGUGGGGCCGUCCGACUCCACCGCCCUUCCUCUCCGCACCAUGGGGCCCGCCAUGAGACUGGCGAACAGGGACACUGGGGCACAACAUUCGGUUUUAUUACAACCCCAAGGAAAAUUGACAAACAGAACUUCAGGGGCCACGGGCACCAAACAAUACUCAUGGACUACCCGAAGAACUGUGGAUCUAGGCACGGGCCGGGCGUCCCACUCCUUCAUGGUCAUCCCUGAGUGUCCCUACCCGUUGUUAGGUCGGGAUUUGCUCACCAAGAUGGCACAAAUCUGCUUCCACCUCGAAGGGGCAAAAGUCCUAAACAAGAAGGAGCACCCAAUUCAGGUGCUUGUCCUGAGUUUAGAAGAUGAAUAUCGUCUCCACCAAAUGCCCUCAGUGCCAAUCACUGACAUUGACUGUUGGCUGCAGGAAUUUCCCCAAGCGUGGGCAGAAACUGGGGGAAUCGGGCUGGCCCAGCAUCGACCGGCUAUAUACAUAGAACUAAAGCCAGCGGCAGACCCUGUAAGGGUCCGCCAAUACCCCAUGCCUCUAGUAGCACGAAAGGGAAUCACACCCCACAUACGGCGACUACUGGACUCGGGCAUAUUAAGGCCCUGCCAAUCGGCAUGGAACACUCCCUUGCUGCCGGUUCAGAAACCCCACUCUAAUGAUUACAGGCCAGUCCAGGACUUGAGGGAAGUCAACCGGCGAGUAGAGGAUAUGCACCCUACGGUCCCAAACCCAUACACCCUCCUCUCCACCCUGCCUCCAGACAAAACUUGGUAUACGGUAUUAGAUUUAAAAGAUGCCUUCUUCAGCCUGUCUUUAGCGCCCAGGAGCCAAGAUCUCUUUGCCUUUGAAUGGACGGACCCUGAGAAAGGCAUCAAUGGCCAGCUCACCUGGACUCAACUACCAGGAUUCAAAAAUUCACCGACCAUCUUUGAUGAGGCCUUACACGAAGACUUGGGUGAGUAUUCUGAGCACCCACAUUCAACUUUAUUACAAUAUGUAGAUGAUAUCCUGUUGGCGGCAGAGGACCAGGACACAUGCCUGGGAGGCACCAGGGACUUGCUCCAGACCAUAGUGGCCCUAGGAUACCGGGCCUCAGCUAAAAAGGCCCAGAUCUGCAGAACAGAGGUGAGCUGCCUUGGGUACAAAUUAAAAGAUGGACAAAGAUGGUUGACAGAUGCACGGAAGGAAACCGUCUUAAGAAUCCCACAGCCGCAAACCAUCGGCCAGGUGCACAGAAUCAGAGCUGAUCUCCAGGACCAGCCACUGCCGAAUGCGGAUGCCACCUGGUACGCGGAUGGCAGCAGUUUUGUCCAAGAAGGAUUCAGAUAUGCGGGGGCAGCCGUAACCAUGGAGAUGGAGACUGUCUGGGCAGAGCCACUGGCAGCCGGAACGUCGGCCCAACGGGCAGAGCUGAUCGCACUGGCCAAGGUGCUGACCAUGGGGGAAGGUAAACGAAUAAACAUCUACACCGACAGCAGGUACGCCUUUGUCACCGCUCAUAUCCACAGAGCCCUUUACAGGGAGAGAGGGCUUCUGACAGCAGAGGGAAAGACUGUUAAAAACAAAACGGAGAUUCUUGAACUCCUGAGGGCCCUCUGGCUGCCCAAGGCCCUAGCCAUCAUCCAUUGUCCGGGGCACCAAAAGGCAGACACGCCAGUAGCCAGGGGAAACCGGCGAGCUGAUUUAAAAGCAAAGGAGGCGGCCCUUUUGGUGACCCAGGUCUUAGCAACCACGCUACCUGAUCCGGGGGCACUGACCCUGCCUUACACCCCCAACUAUACUGAUGCUGACUUACACUGGAUCAAACGCUUGCCUAUGACCCAGUGCUUGUGUGGCUGGUGGAAGGCCGCAGACUCCAGCAUCAUCUUGCAAGAGGAACUAGGAUGGCGAGUCCUAUCCAAAAUGCAUCGGAGUACUCACAUGGGAACAAGGAAGAUGGAAGACCUCAUAUGACAUGCAAAGAUCACUAUUAAAGACUCUUGAGCAAAGAUCGAACAGAUUGUGGCAAGCUGCUGUGCAUGCCAAUUAACAAAUGCCUCCGCCCAUGGAUCUAACCCGGGCACCCGGCUCCGAGGGGACUGCCCAGGAGCCUACUGGGAAGUGGACUUCACUGAGGUGAAACCUGGAAAAUACGGGUAUAGGUAUUUACUAGUGUUUGUAGAUACUUUUUCAGGAUGGACAGAGGUAUUUCCCACCAAACAUGAAACGGCACAGAUCAUAACCAAAAAAACUGCUGGAAGACAUCGUACCAAGGUAUAGUCUUCCCGUUAGAAUUGGGUCAGACAAUGGCCCACGAUUUUUAUCUAAGGUAACACAGGGAGUGGCACUAGUACUUGAGGCAGAUUGGAAAUUACAUUGUGCAUAUAGGCCCCAGAGCUCAGGACAGGUAGAGAGGAUGAAUAGAACAUUAAAGGAGACCUUAACUAAA